UGUGUAGUGAGGAAGUUGGCGGACGUUGGUGGGGGGGAAGGUUGUGGAUGAAGAUUACCCUCCCAAAAUGCAUCUCUCCUGGUUCCCGUUGCUGUGUGGGGAGUCGAGCUGUGAAACGGAAAGUUGACAUCAGAAAAUGGCGAUUCAAUUUUUGAGUGACGGCGUCUCCGUGGCGAUGAGUGCGGACGGCGUGGACGGCGUGCAGCAGCAGAGGGAGCGCUGGGAGAGGAAGCGGGGCCGGACCUCCCGGGAGCUGGUCCGCACCGAGCAGCAGUACUGCCUGCGCCUGGAGCUGCUCGUCACGUACUUUGUGAAGAUCCUGAAAGCCAAAGGGACCCUGCAGCAGGACAUAAUGGAAAGCAUCUUCAGCUCGAUUACGUCCAUCCAUUUGGUGAACCAGGCGCUGUUGGCCUACUUGGAGGAUGAGAAGCUGGGCCUGGGGUUCGAGAGAUUCUGUCCUCACCUGAACCACUACUACACCUACGUGGACAACUUCGAGAAAGCCUCCAAAGUUCUGCAGGUGCAGGUGAAGAAGAACAAGGCCUUCCGACGCUUUAAGAAGCUGCAGGAGUCUCGGCCGGAGUUCCGCUCUUCCACACUGGAGGAGCUGCUUCAGCUGCCGCUGCAGCGCGUUCAGCAGUACAAGCAUUUCUUACGGGACCUGGCGGAGAACACCAGCCCGGAUCACCAUGAGUUUCCACAGCUCUCCGGGGCGGUGAAGGCCAUCUCCGCGGUCGCUCAGCGUAUCCAGGACAACGCCCGUAGCCAGGAGAACCACCUGCAGCUCCUGAGGGUGCAGAAACUGCUGAAAGGGCGAAAGACCAAGGUGCUGGCUCCAGGGCGCUGGUACGUCAGGGAGGGCUGGCUGAAGGUGGUGCCCACCAAGGGGACCGAGGUCAAGCCGAAAAUGUUCUUCCUCUUCUCGGACGUCCUGCUCCUGACCGCCCCCUGCAGCGCCCUGCACCCCACCAACGGGGACAAGUUCGCCUGCCGGCACGCCUACCCCCUGAGGGAGUGCACCGUGGACAAGGUGUUCGGCCACACUCGAAGCCAGGGAGGCCUCAUCAGCCUGACCUUCGCCAAAGACAAACUCCUGCUCAUGUCCGGCGACCAGGAGGACAUCAACGACUGGUACAGGAGCCUGACCUCCGCCAUCGGGCAGCUGAUGUCCAGGAACACCACGGUCCACGGGAGGGACGGUCUGUCCCGAAAGCCCCUUCGCUCGUUUGAGGGCCUGACGGAGCCCAACACCCCCACCGCCCCGUCCCACACCCGCAAGAGGGUUAGGGUCAGCGUGGAGCCCCAGGGGCAGGUGGGUGACCCCUGCAGUGUGCCCCCCUCCGGGGGCGCGGAGCGGGCCGGCGCUUCAAAGCGAGCGAAGCUCUCGACCGCCGGGGCGGAGAGGUAGAGAGGGGGUUACCGUGGAGACGCCAGAGCCGGCCCCUGACCCGGACGCAGAUUAAACAUUAACCAGCACCCUUAAUUAGCCUGCUUAUUUAUUUACUUAGCGCCUCCAAUCUGACAGCCAAUUACAGCAGCACCAGAACAAAAGAGUCACCGAAAAAGGGGCAGGAGUAUCAAUAAUUUAAGCAGCGGUGCAGGGGGAGGGGAGAUCUCAGGGGGCGCUGGAGUUGUGAUCUCUUUGGGAGGGAUCGAGGAGCCGUCGGGCUCUGGGAGUUUUCUUAAUCUUGGCGGGUCCUCCGCGGCUCUGUUGCUAUCUUUUUAGCUGCAAGUGCUAACGUUUAACGCCGCUGUGCUAUCGUUUUAGCUGCAAG